AGUCGAUUUUUGUCCGUAGCUACGUGCGGUCGUGGAUCUUUACAGGCACAUACUUUAUAUAAUUGUCUGUUUUCUGCUCAGCAUUACCUCGAAAGAACUUCUAACAAUAUUUCUGAAGUUUAACGACCCAUGGUUCGAUCAACGUUUAUGUUACUUGUGUAUAAACAACUGCACAUGUGUUUCAAAUUAUGCUGAAGGGGAUUCUGAUGUUAAGAGUUCUAUUUAAUAGAUAAUAUGGUGUAAAUAGUCAUAUAAAUAUGUAUGUAUGAUUCUAUCGCAAAGGAAGCAUAUCUGAGACAAAUAUGAGUGAGCCGCCCAAUCCCCCUGUGAACAUCGCUCCUCAUGAACCAAAUCUUGCCGCGGAUAUAUAUCACAGCAUUUCGUCAACGGCCCCCGAUCAGAAUGUGGUCAUAUCGCCUUUGCUCCUGGAAGCCAGUCUAGCACUCCUCUACCUUGGCUCAGAUGGAGCCACCGCAGAUGAAAUCCAGAAGCUAUUGCGGCUUAAGCAACGCUUCCCCAGCAAUGCCAAAAUGGCCAGCUAUUACGCUGCGGAACUUGCAAAAGUAACAGGCGAUGCGGAUACCUACAUUGAACUACAGAACCACUUGCUAAUGCAGCCGAAUUAUGGAUCCAGUCCUGGAGAGAUAGCUGAAGAUUUUCAGAAAAUUGCUCAAACAUAUUUUCAUGUGACGUCCGAGAGCAUCAAUAUGGAACAGACCGAGAAGCUGCGUCGUCACGUGAGCGAACAUAUUUUGGCUAGCGUUGGAGGCGGCAACUGGCAAUCGACUCUUGUGGAGAGUAGCCAGGCGGCCAAACUGCUGCUCUUGUUGGCGGCGAACCUCCAAAGCAAGUGGUUUCUUCCCUUUAGUGCAUACCGUACGGGUCUCUACGAGUUCCAUAGCAACGGAUGUCCCGACUCUUCGAAAUCGGUGGCUAUGCUCUUCGACGAUGAUAUGUUUGUUAAGUACGCUGAACUGAGGGAACUUAACGCUCGUGCGAUUGAACUGCCUUACGAGCACGCUGAAGAAUUGUCCAUGUUGUUAAUCCUGCCCAAUCAACGCGAGGGACUCGCAAAACUGGAAAACCAGUUGCGCGGAAUUGAUAUGUGCGCAUUACAGCAGUGUAUGCAAAUGGAGGGAGUCCAGGUGCUGCUUCCGAAAUUCAGUAUCGAUUUUGAGUGCAGUUUCCGACAGCCGUUGAAACAGAUCGGUUUUGAAAAGAUAUUUUUGGCAUCAGCGAACUUUAAACAUCUGCAUCCCUCCGGAAAUCUGCCCGCUGCCGACGUUCUCCAAAAGUUGCGGAUUAACCUAAAUGAGUCUGGUUCUGGGUCAGAACCACCCAGAGUCGCAGCCGAGUAUAAACCCAUUGUGAUCAGCAAUUCCUCCCGUCAAAAGUUCUUUCGGGCCGACCAUCCAUUUUUCUUUGCCAUACGCAGUGAGAAUGUCACUUACCUGAUGGGACACGUGGUAGGGUUUUAAGGCGCUUUGUUGGAAAUAACUACAACGGUCGUGCAGAUUCGUAGAAGGUAGAAUUCAAUUAAAUCUUUUAUUAUCUUUUAUAAACGUGUAACAUACUGCAUUU